AUGUGGGAAUAUCUUGUUGGGUUUUGUACCGAUGGUGCUCUUGCUGUGCUCGGGUCACGUUCAGAUUUAGCUGUAUUGGUAAAACAAAAAAAAAAUCCAACCACAUUAAUAGCGCACUAUAUUAUACAUCGUCAAGCGUUGGCAUCCAAAACAUUACCAAAAAACUUAGCUUUUGCAAUGGAAAUAUCCAAACAGUUAGUCAAUGCUGUUCAAAAUAGUGCACUUAAUAUACGAGUUUUUCAAAAAUUAUGUGUAAAUAUGGACGCUGAGCAUGAAACAUUACUAUUUCAUACUGAAACAAGAUGGCUUUCAAAAGGAAAUUUGUUGGCAUGUUUACUUGAGUUUCGAGAGGAGUUGAAGGUAUUUUUAAUUGAUAAAGAUAUAUUUGUCCAUUUAAAUUUCAAUUUGCAACUGCAAGGUUCUGGUAUUGUUAAACUUGAAGGUUCUGCAAAUAUUUUCGUAUUUGAAGAUAAAGUUCGCGCUUUUGUCUGUAAAAUAAAUCUUCGGAUUGACAAAACUCAAAACACUUACGAAUCCUUAAAGGAGAAUUUACCAGAUUCUUUCCAGAAUAUGGCUCAAGAACGUUUAAGAAAAAAUCCAAGAAGAAUUAAUAGAGCUUCAGAACGACAGCAACUUGAAAAUUUCAUUUGA